AUGAAGAAGGUGACGGAAUCGCGCGAGAACCUCGUCAACUCGACGGUAUCGCUCGAGGACGGCAUGACGGAGCCGGUAGACGAUCAUCCUUCAAUACUUCGCUCGAUGAAGAGCACCACAUCUGAGUUCGACCUCGAGAUCCAGGACGUGGUGCUGACGAAAGUGGAGAAACGCUUCCUGCUGAGUGCCGAACGGGGUGAUUGCGCAACUGUCAGAAGAAUCAUCCAGGAAAACCGGGACCAACCGGAGGAGUUCGACAUCAACUGCGUUGAUCCGCUGAAUCGGUCCGCCUUGAUAGCUGCCAUCGAAAAUGAGAACAUCGAGCUGAUCAACCUGCUGCUGCGGGAUGGAAUCAAAGUCAAGGAUGCACUGCUGCACGCGAUCAAGGAGGAGUACGUCGAGGCGGUGGAAACGCUGCUACUAUGGGAGGAAGAGAACCACAUACCAGGCCAGCCCUACAGCUGGGAAGCGGUCGACAGGUCCUCGUCCUCCUUUACCGCCGAUAUCACGCCGCUCAUCCUGGCGGCUCACAAAAACAACUACGAGAUACUGAAAAUUUUGCUCGACCGUGGCGCCACGCUGCCAAUGCCGCACGACGUCCGGUGCGGCUGUGACGAGUGCGUCACCUCCAGCGAGCAGGACUCGCUACGUCACUCUCAGUCGCGCAUCAACGCGUACAAGGCGCUAUCGUCUAGCUCACUAAUAGCGCUUAGCUCUAAGGAUCCCAUCUCAACGGCGUUCCACCUGUCAUGGGAGCUGCGACGCCUGAGUCGUAUGGAGACCGAAUUCCGGGCUGAGUACACGCAAAUGCGCCUGGCAGUGCAGGAGUUCGCUACAGCCCUACUCGAUCAUGCCCGCACCUCGAACGAGCUCGAGAUCAUGCUCAACUACAGCCCGGGCGCCGUGGACAACUGGGAACCGGGCGAGCGGCAAACGUUGGAACGGUUGAAGCUCGCCCUCAACCACAAACAAAAGAUGUUCGUAGCCCACCCGAACGUCCAACAGCUACUGGCGGCCAUCUGGUACGAGGGAUUGCCAGGAUUCCGGCGCAAGUCGAUUGUCGGACAGAUCAUGCAGGUAGCGAAGCUGGGCACCAUGUUUCCGGUGUACAGCAUGAUCUACAUGAUCGCACCCAACUCGGAAAUGGGUCUGUUUAUGAAGAAACCGUUCGUGAAGUUCAUCGUACACUCGGCCAGCUAUGCGUUUUUUCUAAUGUUGCUUGGUGGGGCCUCGCAGCGCGUUGAGUAUCUUGCAAUCGAAUGGUUUGGUCCGGACUGGGCGCAGGACAUCUUGGCUGAGUGGAAACGCAAGGAACGUGGAUCACUGCCCGGAAUGUUCGAGUGUCUUGUGAUAUUGUACAUCAUAAGUUUGAUAUGGCACGAGAUGAAAUCGCUGUGGAAUGAUGGGCUGAUGGAGUACGUAUCUGAUCUGUGGAAUAUCGUUGACUUCAUUUCGAACACGUUCUACAUCGUAUGGAUGAGUCUUCGCUUCACCUCGUGGUACACGGUUUGGCGUGAUGCUAAAGCUGGUCUCAACCCAUGGUACCCACGCGAACAAUGGGAUCCAUUUGAUCCAAUGUUACUGUCAGAGGGUGCUUUCGCUGCCGGCAUGAUAUUUUCCUUCCUCAAACUGGUGCACAUCUUCUCGAUAAACCCGCAUCUUGGACCACUGCAAGUGUCACUUGGGCGUAUGAUUAUCGACAUUAUUAAAUUCUUCUUCAUCUACACGCUGGUACUGUUCGCGUUCGGUUGCGGACUUAACCAGCUGCUAUGGUAUUACGCAGUGCUGGAGAAAAACAAGUGUUAUCAUUUACCGAGUGGCCUGCCGGACUUCGACAAUAAUGAGAAAGCGUGUGCUAUCUGGCGUCGUUUUGCCAACCUUUUCGAGACGUCUCAGUCGCUGUUUUGGGCUUCAUUCGGACUUGUCGACUUGAUGGCGUUUGAGCUGAGCGGCAUCAAGAGCUUCACGCGCUUCUGGGCCCUGCUGAUGUUUGGUUCGUACAGUGUCAUCAACAUCAUCGUGCUGCUGAACAUGCUGAUCGCCAUGAUGAGCAACUCGUACCAGAUUAUUUCGGAACGCUCUGACACCGAAUGGAAGUUUGCCCGGUCUCGCUUGUGGAUGAGUUACUUCGAGGAUGGAGACACGUUGCCACCACCCUUCAACCUCUUUCCCUCGAUCAAAAACUUCACCAAUAUAUGCAAAUGCUCGAACGAUAAGCGCUCUACGACGAGUAUUAUAAAACGCAACCGGGAAAAAGCCCAGCGGCGACACGAGAACGUGAUGAAGUUGCUCGUUCGGCGUUACGUCACGGCGGAGCAGCGUAAACGGGACGACUUUGGUAUCACUGAGGACGAUGUGAUGGAGAUUCGGCAGGAUAUCAGCACGCUGCGUUACGAGCUGAUCGAUAUCCUGCACCAGAACGGCAUGCGAACGCCCAACUUGAAACCACACGAGAGCGCAAUCGCCGGCAAGAAGGGCCGCGUAAUGGAGCGGCGUAUUCUGAAGGACUUCCAGAUCGGCUUUGUGGAGGGCAUCCUGCAAGACACGUACAGCGGUGGAGGCGAGAAGCCGGCUGACGUGUUCGCGACCAUCGCGAAAGCCAUCGGCAACAAGUCGAGCACGAAGAAAAAGAAGCCAGAGGACUGGAACGCACUGGUACGCCGUAGCACGGUGGCUCGUGAUCCUAUUGGCAACUCGACCGAGGCUAUCAUGCGCCGCAGCCGGCAGAGCUUGCGCAAGCAGAUCCUGGACAGCUCCGAGAAGGGUCUGGAAAUGGACACGGACCACCUGGUCGAGUACAACCCGAAGCUGUCAGAGGUGACUCCGGUGACGCGUGUGGCGUACGUCAAGUUCAUGACGACCAAGUUGAAGAAGGACGUAGCAGAUGUGGCGGCUAGUGGAGAAAGUACCUCCUUUGAGAACGAGCGUCGCCAGUCCUGGAAGCGCAGCUCGUUGAAGAACAUCGUCGACAUGAAGGACAAACUCAGCAGCUUGGACGCAGAUGGUGAGCAGCCUGGUGAGGUAGAACCUGCUGAGGAACAGCCCGUUGCAACGGUUACGGUGAAGGAAGCACCUGCUCCGGUGGAGACCACUCCAGAAGAGGUCCAUACCGAGCCAGUCCGGCCUAAAGUUCGCGUCAGAUCGCCGAUUAUUGAGGAUCCGAACGAAGAACGCGAGGACACUCCAUGUCCGGCCAGUCCUCCUCCACCGGCCGAACCUAUUCCGGAGCGUCCUGUUUCACCCAUUCCACCCAAUAGUCCCCCGUUAGAUCGCCAUCUACCGGCAGCUGUUGAGUCACCGGUAGUAGUUGAACCCGCUGCCUCGAAGGUUGUCAGUGAGGAACGGUCGGCAGGAGUGGCAUCACCUCGGGAUACCUUAUCCCCGACGGGUUCCACGAAAACACCGGAACCCCGUACCUCACGGGCAGCCUCUCCUGCCGGUUCCAAACCACCUGAAAGGCUUACCGUAAGUCCCAGUACGACGGGGGCAGAUGAGACAGGUCCAACAGCGUCGCCCUCUAAUCGUGGCAAGUCCAAGAGUACAGGACGCAAUCUGGGGGGUUGGAUUUAA